AAGUGCCUUGUCACGAAAGUUAUUUACUUGACAGAGAAAGAAUGGAGGAGCAAACGUUUGAUAGCUCAAAACUUCACGAUUUCCUGAAAAAAAAUCUGGUGGAUUUUCCUAAAGGCGAUGGGGAACUAAGGAUUUUUAAAUUCAGGUAGGAGACACGAAAAGCUGCAGGAAAGUCAGGAUUUGUUUAUCAUUGAAUCGCUAGUCGAUUGACUCCGCUGCAAAAUUGGAACUGCAAUUACAAUUGCAAUGACUGCAAUCACAAAGUAUAGGUUCCGAGUAAAUCGGCUCGAUAAGAAAAACAUUUCUGUAGCAAAGGCUGUGAUUGCAUUUCAUGACUAAAUUUGAUGGCACAGAGUCCAAAGAAAUCAUGAAAUAUUGCACGGUUCCACGAUUCGCUAUGCGACAUUGAACACUGAUUUCAUUAGAUAUCACUUUUCAAUCAAAGGAGCAUAUAUUACGCAAAUGAGGCAGGUAUUUAGAAUCUCCUAAAGCGCUUGGGAUUUCGUGACGAUAAGGCAAGCAUACACACCGAAAUGGCCGAUUACAAAAAAAGAUGUUUAAUGCCCGUUGUUGGGCAAAACCGAUUUCUAAACCAUCCUCAAGUCAUUAGACGUUUCGUUUAAUCGUUUAAUUUUGUGAAAAGGCAAAAAUCUUAUGCUGGAAAAACAAAUAUUUAAUGAAAAUAACCCACUUAGUAAGAAUCCUAAACAUGUGGACUGGACUUCGUUGGGUUCAAUUCCGGUGGAAGGCUUCUGAAUCAGAAAACACCUUUUUCAUGUACACUGUUUGAGUGAACCAUCUGGUUUAGCCAGGUAUACCGCUUUACGCUACAGAAAAGAGUAUACGAGGGAAGGAGAGGAGGCGGAGGGGGGGGGGGGGGGGGGGGAGGAAGCCUUGUUGACGCCUGAAUUCUUUAUACCGGCUUCACUCUUUUUGAUGUUUUUACUUCUAUUUAACAACGAGGAUUUAUUAGUCCAGCAGACAUCAACAACAGGUCAAAAAGGUCAAUAUUCACAUAUUUAAUUUGUUGCCUACACCACUGACUGAUUAUAUUCUCUAUUUGUAUUAUUGAUGCAAUGAAAAGGGCUGGAACGUCGAAUCCAACCUUUCUGCUUCAAAAAAAUGGAAAAGAUUUCGUUCUGAGGCACAAGGCAACAUUCCAGAUUUAUGCAGGAUUUCACAAGGUACUGUUCUUGCAUCAGUUCAAACUACAGGGUAGAGGGAGUAUAAUCUGGUUUCAUGGACGUUUUCAAUUUAAUACGCGCAGGUCGACGUUGAGCAUAGAAUCAUGUCCGCUCUUGGAGAGGCCUCUUUUCCGGUGCCGAAAAUGUACCUCUUUUGUGAGGACAAGUCAAUUAUGGGCCAGGAAUUUUACGUCAUGGAGUACAUCAAGGUAAAAAGAUUAUCGCGAUGUUCUCUCAGAUGAGCUGUUUUUGUUCCAGCAAACGAUGCAAACGUUUCGUCGUUUUUGCUGAUCGAGUAACCGUGCAUAUUAAUAACAGGUAGAUGCUCUAGGUAGUAUUUUUAGGGGGUGGGGAGAGUACUCCUGAGUAACUCAGGCCAUGAAAGGUAGUCACUAGACUUCUUAAGUUGUGCUCUAGCACUCUGAAAAUGAAGGCAUAUCAGCAAUUUUAUUCAAUUGAGCAUCACGUGCCAUAUUUCACAGUAUGGACAGUAAAUUGUUAUAAAUUGUUAUAAUGUCAGCUAUUGAAGUUGAUGUUGCGGAAAGGUACUUACGGUAGGACAUGCAAAUCUAUACAGUGUUGUUACGCAUCUCGUAAGACUGCUCACUUGAAAAAGAAGAGAACAAAACCAUAUCCCAAUCUGCAUGCCACUAAGGGAUAGACUUCCGGUGAAGGAAAACGUUAUGCUAGCCAGCAGCUAUUGCAAAGUCUGUUUAACUGUUCCACUUGAGUCUCAAUUCUCGAUUGUAGCUAUACUUUUUGGGUCAAAAUGGUACAAUGCGACUUCCAGUGAACGAUCCUAUGUCUAACGUAAGUCGAAUAAUAAAUGGUGAUGGACAGCAUUUCAACAUUACAUUUCAACAGGGUCGUCAGUUCCCGGAUGCCAAUCUACCCGGCGUCCCUGCGGACCAGCCAAAAGCCAUUUUUGAAGCUGCGAUACGCGCCUUAGCGCAACUUCAGUCUCUAGAUACGGAUCAGCUUACCUUAGAAGGAAUCGGUGACAAAGAAGACGUCUUAAAACAGAGGGUGGGUAAAACUUUAAAAAAAGCUCUUCCUCAAGAAAUGCUUGGACGCUAGAGGAGGGAGCUUGUUAGAAACUUGAAACUUCGGACGGGGAGGUAUAAUGUAAAGGGGUUCUUGGGUAGAGGAGCAAUCAAAGAAGGGGAAUUAUUUGAGGGGAAGUUUAUUUGAGAGUGGGAUUAUUUUAGAGUGGAACUUAUUAGCAAUGGGGCUUCUUAGCAAAGGGGGCUUGUCGGAGGGGGUAGCUUGUUAGAGAGUAGGUUGCAAUUGUAAGAAGGGGUAGCUUGUUGGAGGGGCAGCUUGUUAGAAAAGGUAGUUAUCACAUUGGGGAACGUCUUAGAUUAGGGGCUGGCUAGAAGGUCUAGCCUGUUAGAGGCGGUAGCUUGUUAAAGAGGGGGCAUGUGAGAGAGGGGAGUUUGUUUAAAAGGAGAGCUUGAUAGUAAGAAGGGCUUAAAAGAGAGGGAAUUAUAAGUAUGAAUUAUCACGUAAUUAUGGGGAAAAUAUGUUGCCUCUCAGAUGGAUAUGCUGUUUGAAGCUUACAAAAAGACAGAAAGGAAGUCCAAUCCUAAAGCUCAUCGAUUAAUGGAGUGGCUGAGAGACAAAAAACCCAACGAUGGCAAGAAACCUGGUAAGAAACGUUGUGAAACUGUUCUUUAUUCGACAUUUCGUAAUCUUCGCAAAAAUAGAUAUAAGCUUCUCCUAUGAUAUUUGCGAUGGAAAGAGGAAGGGAGAAAGUGAACGAGAGAGAGUGAGUGGUGAGGAAGGAGAGAGGAGUGGAGGGAAGAGGUGCGAAGGGGGACGGAGGGGGGCUGAGGACGAAUGAACCUGGGAGCUAGGAAGCCAGGGUGACGGACCGAACGAGAGAAGCAGUGAGGUAGAGAAAGGAGGUAGGAAAAGAGCGACAAGUUGAGGGUGUGGUAGAACAGGUGAGCAAGGGAGUUAAAAGAGGGAGUCAGGAGGUAACGGAGGUGGAAAGGGAGUGGGGAAGAGAGAGGGAGAGAGAGGGGGGGAGAGAGAAGGACUGGGACGAGGGAACAACGGUUUAACAAAGGAUUAGCCCAAAAAUCUCUUUCAAAUUUUAUCUUUGAUAAUCGAAGCUUUGUAACCUCUAAUGGUUGGUAUUUGACUUGCAGUCAUCCAUCACGAAGAUUUCAGAAUUUCAAAUAUACUUUGGCACCCAAAUGAGGUAAUUAAGAGAAUGUUUUUUAGACAAUAUGUUUGCAUUUUGUUUCACUAACUCAUAAGACAAUGCAAUAUGUUUGUACUCAUGUAUGGAUUUCGACACAAAUAACCCCCCAAUUAAAAGGUAAGCUGAAGAAACUGUCGUUUCGGUGGAUGAGAACACCUGCUUCUAUUUUGGUUGUGGCAAGGAAAGAGCGCGACUCGAUCCUCAGUGCAUUGGGCUUCUCAAACUUUUUAGUGAGUGCAAUCUUGAGGUGAGGUUUGUGAUAUAAGGGCAGACCACUCUUCGGAAGUAUCCCGCGUAGCUGGAACUUUUUUAUGUCUUUUCAUAUCGUACAUUAUGGAUGGCAUCUUUAUGUGAGCUACUCUACCUACAAAAUGUUAAAUGCAAUUGCUUCGAUCCUUAUGGAGGUUAACCGAGGUUACGAAUAUUUGUGCUCAUCAUUUAUUCAAACUGUCUACACGCCUAUGGUACUAAACAUGAGUGGGAAAAAUACAAACAAGAAAACAAAAACUUACAAAUAAAAUUACAGUAAAAUAAGAUAGCUUUACCCUAACGGAGCAUGGCUUCGCAGGCAUGCGCACUUAAAAAACGAAUAAGUUGCUUUAAAAAAAGUGGAUAACAAGAUUGACCCGAAGGUCUUAAUUUACACCCAAACCAUGACAAAGAACUCCACAUAAGUUACGUAACAAUAAGCAACGACUGCCUACAUAAGUUACGUAACAAUAAGCAACGAUAUAAACAUCAACUACUGGUACGCAAUAAAACUAAUGAAACAAACAAACACUCACAGGUAACUAACUAGUAAACUAGGGUGUAAGUGUCUAUAGAACGAUUGACACUAGACUAAUUUUACUUAUUAUAUGGUGCGUAAUCAGGACAUGUGUUUUUCCUAAUAAUAUGAUCUCCAAACCGCUCCUUUUAUUUAUAUCUUUUUCCGACCACUUUAUGACCGAAUCGUGCUACCUGUUUCAGUCUCAGGCGCUGGCCGUGAUAGACUGGGAAGGGGCAUGCUGGGGGCAUCCAUUUGAGGACCUGGCAUAUUUCUGUUUUCCGUUCCAUUUUCCCGCUGCGUUGGAAUUUAUGCCUGCUGGAAAGAUUGGUAAAACGAGUUUUUUUAAGAUUUAAAGAUGACUUUAAGAUAGAUGUUAUCCUUGUAUUGAAGUUGUUACCAACGAGAAGCCGCUUCCAGAUACUUCUCGCCUCUGGUGUCACGUGACACGUAGUCGACGAGCUUGCGCAUAGCCUAUGUGUUGUGCAUGCGCAGUGAUAAUCUUAACAAGGGUACUACUGGUAUCCUGGCAAAGAGGAAAAAACACAAGUGAAUUAAUUAAUUGACUCAGAAAAGGAGUCUGUAAAUAAAGCAACAGGAAAUUUCAACAAUCCCCAAUGGAUAACUAAGUAUGGAAGGGGUUUAACUGAUCGUCAGUCUGAUCUAGAUGUCUGAUGUUUUCUUUGGAGAAAAAACUUAGUGAAACAACAUAUUACCGACUGCCAUGGACAGUAUCGUUUAAAAUGGUUAUCCAGCGGUUCGGAACGAAUGACCUUUAUUCGCACAAUUGAAUAUUACCAUUUUUAUUUUGUGAAAUCCUAUUUCGGAAAAAUCGCAAUUCGGAAAUUCUGUGUCAAAGAGUUAUUCAGCGAUUGAAUGAGUGGAAAUAUCUUCGUAAGUUUAAAUGGAUGUCCAGCCGUUGGGAACAGAUUACCUUUUUAUCAAUUAUGAGCAAAUGUAUCUUGCCAAUUUUACAUUCUAAAAUCCUCGUUCGGAGAAAACAAAAUUCAGAAUUUCUGUCGAAUAUUAAUUCAGCGAUUAAGUGAGUGGAAAUAUUUUUUGUAGGUUAUUACUCAGAGGGGAUACCUAGUGAAGAGGCAUUGCUGUCUUUGUACUGUGAUCUCACUGGAAACAGUCUUCCUCUACCAAACUGGAAAUUCUUCUUGGGACUUGUGUUUUUUCGGGUCAUCGUAAAUAUUCAGGUAGGGUCAGCUUUAGCCUCAGCCGCCUCCUGCUUGAGUACAGUUACAAUGGAAUGAUAUCUUUUUUCCUAUUCUUCAUCUUUCCUAGUUUCGAAUGUAAAUCCAUGACAGGACGGAAAACGCGUGCACUGUCAGUACCUCCCGUUGUCCCAUACAAAGCCUUAGAAAACUUUUCUAAGGCUUUGUAUCGGACAACGGGAGGUACUUACGGUGCACGCAUUAUCCGUCCUGUCAUGAAUAAAAGGGCACCAAUGAGAAUACUGAAGCUUGUCCGUCAGAACCGUCACAACAAUGACCGCAUCAGGUCCUUAGGAAGGAAUUUUUUAAGCGAAGACGUUGUAUAGUUGCACCGACUGUGAUAUCUCAUAAUUUCUAUAGAAGUAACCGAGGACAUUUUUCCCGAAAAAGGUUUCAUUCUAUGCUGGACCGUCAUUUGAUGUAUCUUGAACACUUUUUCAGAGCAGUCAGUCAAACUUUUUUUGCUUAAUUUUUUUCAUUAACAAAAUCCCGUGACUUAACUUCUUAAACCGCUCGCCAGCGUCUCUUUUGUUGUGUUGACAGAAAAGAAAGCGUUAGCCAGUUUGAACUCUUGUUUCGAAGACAUUGUUCAGUGGAGUUUAGUGAAUAAAGUGAGGUCAGGAGAUCAUGAGGGUUGAUCUCUUCUUGAGAUUUCUCAACACGGCGUCGCCGCUCUUAGUGAAGCGCGUUAAUUUCAGUAGGCCGUUGGCCCAAUCCGUUUUUUUCGGGUUACAUCUGCUCAGAAAAGUUGCAUAAAAUGAAUUCAGUUAGGUAACUCAUAUAAAUGUCGCCGGCUUUUUCAGUUUGCAAUCUCAAUUGAAAUAUGAUGAUUCCCACAAUUUUGUUCUUGUUCCUCCGUUCUCGCUUGAGCACGAUUUACUCACUGAUCGCUAGAAACUUUUCUUGUUGUAUUGCAGACGGUUGUUUCUCAAGUGAGCGAUGGUGGCGGCGAGUUUCCACUCACUAUCAAGAGCAUGUCUGAUUUGUUAGAGCCUCUUGUAGAACAUGCGUGCACAAUUGUUGGGCUCCAGUGAUAAGAUAAAAACUCUUCUCUUUCAAGAAAACGCGUUUGCAUGUUAUUAAAAGUAGCGGAAACCUUGUCAUGUUUGGUUUCAUUAUUCCCCCUUAUUAUAUUUAUUGUCCAAACAAGACGCUUCAUAUCUGAGGGCCCUAAGUGCAAAAAUAAAACUGAGAUUUGUUUCUCUUUUACAUCAAGUAAUCAUUCAGAAAAUCAGAUGUUUAUUUUUUUGUUUUGAACAAUCAUUUCAAGUCUGGAAAAAAUCA